AUGAUGGGUGGAGUCAAUGACUCCGAGGCAUACGUGAACCGGAUGGGUUUAGGAUACAAGGAGAAUGACUCAGUAACUGUGACCAACACACUUUUGCAAGGAGGCAUCGUUUCAGUCUUCUAUCUGGGGACUUUAGUCGGAUGCUUCCUGGGUGGUUAUGUUAGUGAUCGGUAUGGACGAAUCAAGUCCCUUGGUUCAGGUGCUGUCUGGGGAAUAAUCGGCGCUGCGCUCCAGUGCACAGCGAUGAAUCCGCCGUGGAUGAUCGUGUCUCGUCUGAUUAACGGUAUCGGCACUGGAGUGCUGAAUGCAACCGUUCCGGUAUAUGGCUCCGAGCUCUCUGACUACGAGUCUCGUGGCCAGUUUAUUGCUAUGGAGUUCACGUUGAAUAUCGUUGGUGUGGUGGUUGCUUACUGGCUGGGAUUCGGUCUCAGCUACAUUGACAAUGGUACAUCCGAGUUCCAAUGGCGAUUUCCAAUUGCUUUCCAAAUCGUUAUGCUGCUCCUGCUGGUAAUCGGAUGCUGGGCUUUCCCCGAAUCCCCCCGUUGGCUAUGCAUGGUGGGCCGUCGGGAGGAAGCUCUUUAUGUGCUCAAGCGUCUUCGCGGGUCCGAGAACGAACGUGCGGCCAUGCUGGAGAUGAGGGAGAUUGAUGCUAUUGUCGAACUUGAGAAGGAAUCGGGCGAGAAGAUCAACUACUUCCACAUGCUUUUUGGCAUUGGCAAGGAAGAUUUGCACAUUGCACGACGGGUCCAGUUGGUAAUCUGGCUGCAGAUUCUGCAAAGUUGGUCGGGGAUUGCCGGCGUCACAAUGUACGCCCCAACGAUCUUCAAGAUUGCUGGUUUCGAUUCCCAGAAGACAAUGUGGAUUUCUGGACUCAACAACAUUUUUUACGCCUUUGCAACGCUCCUUUGUGUCUUUACCUUUGAUCGCAUCGGCCGCCGCUGGACCCUCUGGUGGGGAGCUGCAGGGCAAGCAAUUGCCAUGUUCGUCGCCGGAGGUCUUGCUCGUGGUGGACUAGACAAUCCAAGUUACAGGGGAUCAUGGGGGAUUGGGGCAACUUCCAUGGUCUAUUUAUAUACAUUUGUUUUUGGUGCUACCUGGCUCACUGUUCCGUGGCUUUACCCAGCGGAGAUUUUCCCGCUCAAGGUUCGAGCCAAGGGGAAUGCAUGGGGCGUGGUUGGCUGGAGCUUGGGCAAUGGAUCGCUCACCCUAGUCCUUCCGUAUAUCUUCGGCUCCAUUGGUGAGAAUACUCUGCAUGUGUUCGGGGCUGUCAACCUCAUUAGUAUCCCGAUUAUAUGGGCUCUCUACCCUGAAUCUAGCCAGCGUACACUCGAGGAAAUGGAUCUGCUUUUUGCUGCCAAGUCCCUUUGGGUCUGGACAGCUGAGGCGAACUUCCAGGCGCUCAGGGCAGAAAAUCCAAAUAUCGGCGCUGCUCGUCGGCCUGCUGACAGCAUCACCGAAGCUGAGAAGGGAUUGGAUGUUGACACCGAGCAUGAAGAGACGGUUUCUUGCCAUUAG